AUGCCACAUGUAAUAACCUUUGUAGAAUUUCACUUUCUUAAGUGUCCCCUGGGCAUCUCCUGGCUCAAGAGAACCCUCCCCCCCACCCACUCCGCCGCUCACCCUGCUCUCUCCUCUCAGGAGUGGCUGAGCAGAUUUGGCUACCUGCCCCCAGCCGACCCCACAACAGGCCAGCUGCAGACACAGGAGGAGCUGUCCAAGGCCAUCGCCGCCAUGCAACGGUUCGGGGGCCUGGAGACCACCGGCAUCCUAGACGAGGCCACCCUGGCGCUGAUGAAAACCCCUCGGUGUUCCCUCCCGGACCUCCCAGCUGCGGCCCCGGCCCGAAGGAGGCGCCAGGCUCCGGCUCCCGCAACGUGGAACAGGAGGAGCCUGUCGUGGAGGGUCCGCACGUUCCCGCGGGACUCGCCCCUGGGCCGGGACACCGUGCGCGCGCUCAUGCACUACGCCCUCAAAGUCUGGAGCGACAUCACACCCCUCAACUUCCACGAGGUGGCGGGCAGUGCCGCGGACAUCCAGAUCGACUUCUCCAAGGCCGACCACAACGACGCCUACCCCUUCGACGGCCCGGGCGGCGCGGUGGCCCACGCCUUCCUCCCCGGCGACCAGCUCUCCGCGGGGGACGCCCACUUCGAUGACGAUGAGUCCUGGGCCUUCCGCUCCCCAGACACCCACGAUAUGGACCUGUUCGCGGUGGCCGUCCACGAGUUUGGCCACGCCAUUGGGCUGAGCCACGUGGCGGCCACGAGCUCCAUCAUGCAGCCGUACUACCAGGGCCCCGUGGGCGACCCUCUACACUACAGGCUCCCCUACGAGGACAGGGUGCGCAUCUGGCAGCUGUAUGGUGAGUCCCCCCCCAAGCGCCGGGCCCGGGUCGCCCCGGGGACGGAGCCAGAAACACGGGGGUCCAGAACCCCGGGGUGGGGGGCGGUUGCACCGGGGGGCCGGGCGGGGAGAGGAAGGGCUGGAGCGUCCGCCCCGCGGGGCGGGCCGAGCUCUGGCCCACGGCCCUCUCUCUCACCCCCAGGAGACAGAUACUGGGUAUUUAAGGACAAUAACGUAGAGGAAGGAUACCCGCGGCCCGUCUCAGACUUCGGCCUCCCGCCGGGCGGCGUCGACGCUGCCUUCUCCUGGGCCCACAAUGACAAGACUUAUUUCUUUAAGGACCAGCUGUACUGGCGCUUUGAUGAGCACACACGGCGCAUGGACCCCGGCCACCCCGCCCGGAGCCCCCCGUGGAGGGGCAUCCCCAGCACGCUCGACGACGCCAUGCGCUGGUCCGACGGUGCUGCCUACUUCUUCCGUGGCGAGGAGUACUGGAAGGUGGUGGAAGGCGAGCUGGAGGCGGCACCCGGGUACCCGCGGUCCACCGCGCAGGACUGGCUGGUCUGCACAGACCCACAGGCGGACCCGGAGGGCGAGGAGGGAGAGGCCGGGGCCCACGCCCGGCCGGGACAGCGCGGCCAGAGCCGCUCAGAGGACGGCUUCGAGGUCUGCUCCUGCACCUCCCCCGCCUCCCCUCCCCCGGGGGCCUCGGGCCCGCUGCUGGCGGCCACGCUCCUGCUGCCCCUGACUGCGCUGUGGUCGACGGCCCCCGGCACUCUGACAGCCGCCGGCCUGUGGUGACAGGGCCGAUGGGUCGCAGUGGGCCUCAGGGCGAGGACCAGCGCCCCCACCCCUCCGGUGCCCGGACCCACAGUUCCUCAGUGGCCCCGGCCUUGCAGAUCCGGACGCACUGCCGGCCCUGAGCAGCGGCCUGGCCGUGCCCCUGCGGACUGGCAGGAGGCCAGCAGAGGGCGCCGCCCCCCCGGGCGGCUCAGCCGCAGAAGAGCAGAAAAGCAACCUACCACCUGUCCUUCCUUUUUCUGCCACGAAGUGGCCUGACUGCCAUCUGUGAGUUGGGGACACUCUGUCAAGGCCGGGCUGGGGACAGGAAGCGUCCCUGCGGCGAGCAGGCAGCUGGAUCGCACAGAACUCAGCUGAUGAGCCAGGGGACGCAGGGCUGGGGACGGGAGGGCGUUCGGUGGCCACGCUGCCCCCGGCCCCACCGGCCAGCACAACCAGCCCCGUCUGUCGUCCAUACUGCUGCCCCUGGUGCUCCCGCCCACGGGGGCUUUUGUCCCCAGUCCCCGCGGGCCUGCAGCCGGCUGCACAGGGAAGCAGAGGAGUCCCCCAAGCUGGGGUCUCUCGAUCCAUUUCAAACAAACACGACCUUUCCCUGCUCCGUAAGCUCAGCCUCGGCUCCCUGGUGCACUGCAGGCAGGAGCUGCAGGGUGGGGUUCUCUGGGGCCUGGAGGGGCCAUGCGGCCUGGCCCCAGGCACAACUGCACUUUGGAGGGGCGGGGGCUUCCAGGAAGGCCCGUGUGGCGCUCGCUCCCUCCCCUGGAGAUCCCCGACACCUUCCCGUCCAGCGCGCCCUGACCCUCCUGUCCCUCGGUCCUUAUACCCAUUUCACAGCUGGGGGAGCCGAGGCCCAGCGGGGGAAAUGAGCCUGCUGCCAGCAGGCGGGGCCGGGGCAGGUCUUAGGACCAAGGCUCUGGCACGUUUGCCUGGGGCUCACCGACGGAGCCCCUCCCUGCGUGCACGCACCGCUCAGAGCGGACGUGCAGAACGCGCCAGCACCCAUUCUCGGUGAGGCAUCCGGGAUGCCAGCUGCCAAAACCAGGGAGCCUCCCAACAGGAAGUGCAAGGAGGCGGUUGGGCGCCGGUCCAGGGACGGCCCUCCCGCCCAGAGAGCCAGCGACUGGGAGCUGUGCGGCCCAGCCGGGAGAGACCGCCUUUCCCACGGCCUAGCCUGCUCCCUACGCCUGUGGCCUAGCCCCCUCCCCCCGCGGCCUAACCCCCACCCUGUGACCUAGCCUCCCCCGCCGCUGCCUAGCCACCCCUCCGUGUGGCCUACCCCCACCCCGCAACCUAGCCCCUGCCACGGC